UGAUUUCGUAAUUCGUGUUUCCUUUACAUGGUCACAUUUCUUUUGACGUGACAUUAUAAUGACAGUUAGUGACAACACGUCGAAAAUGGCUGACUCUGGGCCAAGUAAAACCGAUAUUGAAGCGAUAUUUCAAAGACUUCGAGGGAUACCUGCCAAUAAAGUAUGUUUCGACUGCAACGCGAAGAACCCUACGUGGUCGUCGGUGACGUACGGAGUGUUCAUCUGCCUAGACUGCUCAGCGGUCCACCGCAGUCUUGGCGUGCAUCUUACUUUCGUGCGCUCCACACAGCUCGACACAAACUGGACAUGGAAACAGCUGAGGAACAUGCAACUUGGCGGGAACGUCAAUGCUACACAGUACUUCCGCACCCACGGCCUGGUCACAGAGGAUGCUCGGCAGAAAUACAGUUCUCGAGUGGCUCAGCAGUACCGGGACAAGCUGAACUCUCUGUCUGAGCAGGCUAUGAAGACAUACGGGACCAAGUUGCAUCUGGACGCGGCGGCACCGGAGACGAAGGACGUCAAGGAGGCCGAGGUAGAUUGGUUUGCGCAGCACGGCGACAACACUAACACUAGCGAGCUUGCCAACACCGCGCAGACGCUGUCACAAAAGCAAGAGAGCUUAAGUUCAGAGGCCCGGCUGUGGGACUCGGGGUCGACUGCAGUGACCUCGCCCUCCGGAGAUACUCCUCGACCCUCCACCAUUGGCACCAGGAAAGCGGCGGCUAAACGUACUGGGUUGGGAGCCCGUAAAGGUGGUCUCGGGGCGACGAAAGUGGCGGCAAACUUUGAUGACAUCGAAAGGGAAGCUAUCAUGGCAGAGAAACUCAAAAUGGAGGCAAAAGCAACAGAGAGCAAGGCGACGAUAGAGAACGUGGAGCAGGAGGUGGCGUCGCUGCGGCUCGCAUACCGCGACCCCGCCGACAAACCGCACGCCGACCGGCUCGGCAUUGCCGCCGCCAACAAGGCUUCCAGAAGCGGCGUGUCUCACUCGGCGACGUCGGACAUGACGGUGAUCGAGCAGGAGGGCGCGCCCGCGCCGCGCGCGCAGCUCGACGACAUCGACGACUUCACCGCCUCCUUCACCAUGAUCAGAAACGAGCCGUAUGGCAACAGCAGGAGCCUGGACAAGUUGUUCGGCGAGUCGGACCGCGGGUUCAUGGGCGACAGCGUGCACAGCAUCGAGCCGGAGCCGUCUCGCGCGGUGCACACCAUGUUCUCGGAGGAGCGCCCCUCCCCCGCGCCCGCGCCCGCCCCCGCGCGCUCCCGGCCCAGGAAACAAGACACCGUCGAGGAUGACUCCGCUGUCAAGAAGUUCGGCUCGGCUAAGGCAAUCAGUUCAGCGCAGUUCUUUGGAGAACAGGACUCCCGAUGGGAGCGGGACUCGAACUUGUCCCGGUUCCAGGGAAGCACGAGCAUCUCCUCAGCGGAGUACUUCGGCUCGGACUCGCAACGCCCGCAGAGGAACUCCGCCUUCAACGUCUCCGCGCCAGACCUUGACGAGGUGCGCGAGUCUGUCCGCGCCGGAGUGACGCGCGUGGCGGGGCGGCUGUCCUCGCUGGCCAACGGCAUGGUGUCGUCCAUCCAGGAGCGCUACGGCUACUGAUACCUGCACUGCUCCUAGCCCCCGCGCCCCCUCGCGCCCCGCUCCAGCCCGUGGGGGACCCGGGGGCGCGCGGGAGCUUAGCUUAAGGUUCAGUUGUAAGAUACGUAGCUUCGAUUAGCGUGUUAUCGAUAGAGUUGCUGAGAGCUGAGUUGUCUUAGCUCGGCUUGUGCAUUUUAGUUUUAAUAUAUUUUACAAUUCGAUUUUUGGACCUAUGUUUACUUCCUUCGUUUUAAAUAUUGAGACACAAUGCUAAGUUAGGAUUGAUAUUACUGUACUUUCAAAGAUUAUAUUAGAUACCAUUUUAAUAAUUAAAUUCCUUGUGUAAGAAAACAUUACACUAAGACAUAAGUGAUGUGUGAGCUAAGCUCAGCUGAGAUUACUCAGCUCAGCUCUUAACUCUCAACUUGCUUACAAUAUGUGUAGAAAUAUUUAUUAUGCACAUUUCAAAGCUGGCCACACUUGCAGCUUACAAAACAGAUGAUUGUGUAUUUGUAUGGACCUUUCAAACUUGUAGGGUUAGCCACUAUAUUACUUUAACAUGAUUAUUGUGAACAGAUUUAUAGUUAAAUGGAGAAAUAUUAAAGAAAUUUCUUAGAAUAUACACGGACAUUGUUUUGGGGGAUUUACUAAGAGUUAAUUCCCAAGUUCGUUUACAAUGACAAAAUAUGUAAUUAUGUAUUUCAUUUACUAGACUAAUUUUUAUUUUAGAGAUCAGAACUACUUCAAAGCAAAUUACAAAUAUUUGGUUUGGUGAGGGUGCUGUGUGACCGAUGGUCUUGUACUUCCAAUCAAGAUAAUGCUAUCUCAUGGGCGCAUGACAGUCACUACUUGUGUCAUCAAUAUGCAUUUUUGUCUGUAUAAUAUAAUCCAGAUAUUUCGAAUUUAUAUUUUCAUAUUUGUUAAUAGUUAAGUAUGUAGUAGAAUAACAGAAAUCUAUCCUUACACCCCUGGAUCUUCGGCAGGCAGUACAAUGUAAAAACACCAAGUUUUAGAGUAACAACUUGGUUUUAUAUUUAAGUAAGGGCAUGGUCGUACCACGCAUGCUGUUUACGAUUGCUACAACCUAUCGAUUAUACGAUUGCGACAAGCUAUCGAUUAUACGAUUGCGACAAGCCAUCGAUUAUACGAUUGCGAUGUUCGAACUAUCGACCUUUCCCCCGCGAGCAUGCGACACAAUUGUUAUAUUUUGUCAAUGAAGAUUUAAUUUUGCUAUAGAUUUUAGAUACAGUACAAUUUAUAGUGUUAUAGCGAAUCGCAGUUGAUUUAUAAUGAAUAGCACUCGGCAGCGAUACGCGAAUAAUCAAUCGUAAUCUCUCUGCCUAGUGCGACCAUGUCUCAUAUUUUUAAAAUAUAUAAAUAUAACGAGGGAUUGCACUAGAAGCCUUCAGAUAUAUUUAUUAUGUGUAGUAAUGGCGGUGGGUUGCGAGGUUCGAGUCGCGGUAGGUUGCUAGGUUCGUGUCGCUGUUCGUCGCAGUGUUGCAGGCUUGGGGACUGGGUUUGAUGACUUAGUAAUGCCAUUUUUAUAAUUUAACGGUAUACUGUAAUAGUUGAAAUUGUUACAGCCAAUAAAAAGCUUGUGUUAUAUAUUUUUACAUAUAGAGGAGAGAGGGGAUAGUUUGACAUUGUGGAGUGUGAAUAUUAUUAGACGUGAAUGAUUUAUGUCUGUUAUUAUUAUAAUCACUAUUAUUAUGGAAAUGGAUAUAAAAUUUAUUAAAAGAAAUUCUAAAACCUUUUCAGGUCUCAAUAUCCCCAAUCUCCUCUGUCUUUUUUUGAAUUAUUAUAAAUAGUAUAUGUAUAAACGAAUAUAAUAAAUAAAAAAUAUUAUAAAACUGGCAUUAUUAUUAUACAGUUGUAUCCCCUGGCUCCUCUCGCUACCUCGCCAAGUAGCUUACCUAAAAUAUUGGUAAAACAGUAAAUACUUAGUUUAUAAUACCAUAUUCAGGUAGAAAAUAAAAAUGUAAGCAAACAUCUACAAUUUGUGGUGUGAAGUGAAAUUGACACUCCGAAUAAAACAUUAUUUAAAUACUAUUUCAACUUUAUUAUAUUAUUUUUCCUUGGCUGAAUAUGGUAUAUCCUUACCAGAAAUAUAAAAUAAAAACGACAUAGUGACCCGAAAAUGUACGUUUUCUUAUAUAACUGCUGUUUUAAACCUUAGAAUAAAUUGUAUUUAGAAAGUGAUACUGCCGUAAAUAUUAUGUGCUUGGUUAUAACUAUUAUUCUAUCUUUAAAGAAAAACGCACACAAAAAACUUGCACAUUUAACAUAAGCUAUCUUUCGGUGUUCCAAUCAGCUAGAAGACUUCAUUCGAAA